CAUUUAAGCGCAAGAUAACGGGCAUUCGACAGCACAACAAACGCUGUCAAGUUUACGAGCAUUAUAUUUGUAUUCGUCCUGUGACGUAUUCCAUAACUUAGUCACUUGAAGAGAUUUUACUUAGCCUAAUAUUAACAUUAAAAUGCGUCUGUUGGUUCUAUGCGUGUCUGUUAUUCUGGUGCCGUUGCUGUGCGAUGCGCGUAUCUCUAAGCGUUAUGUGAUCGGCUGUCCGGAGCGCUGCGAUAAGAGUCUGUGUCCGCCCAUACCGGCCGACUGUCUGGCCGGAGACAUCCUGGACCAGUGCGACUGCUGCCCAGUGUGCGCGUCCGGCGAGGAUGAGCUCUGCGGCGGGACAGGGAAACUGGGUGACCCGGAGUGUGGAGAGGGUUUGGAGUGCGCUGUGUCCGAUGGGGUCGGAACAACGACCACAGUGAGGAGGAGAGGAAAGACCGGCGUGUGCGUGUGUAAGAGCCCUGAUCCCGUAUGCGGGAGUGAUGGGGUGUCCUACAGGAACAUCUGCGAACUCAAGAGAGUCAGUAACCGGGCGCAGAAACUCCAGCAGCCGCCCACCAUCUUCAUCCAGAGAGGAACCUGCGGGAAAGGCCAAGAGGACAAUCCAGAUAGUCUCCGGCACAGAUAUAACUUCAUCGCUGAUGUGGUGGAGAAGAUCGCUCCAGCUGUGGUUCACAUUGAGCUGUUCCGCAAAAUGGUGUUCUCCAAGCGGGAAGUGGCGGUGGCCAGCGGCUCUGGUUUCGUGGUGUCUGAAGAUGGUCUGAUCGUAACCAAUGCUCACGUGGUAGCCAACAAACAUCGCGUGAAGGUCGAGCUAAAGACUGGUGCCACCUAUGACGCCAAAAUCAUAGACGUGGAUGAGAAAGCAGACAUCGCCCUCAUCAAGAUAGACGUUCCAAUGAAACUUCCAGUGCUGUUGUUGGGCAGAUCAGCUGAUCUGAGACCAGGCGAGUUUGUGGUCGCUAUCGGCAGUCCGUUCUCCCUUCAGAACACAGUGACCACAGGCAUAGUCAGCACAACCCAGAGAGGCGGCAAAGAGCUGGGUCUGCGUAACUCUGACAUGGACUACAUUCAGACAGAUGCCAUCAUCAAUUAUGGCAAUUCAGGAGGGCCCCUGGUGAACCUGGAUGGUGAAGUGAUAGGAAUCAACACGCUGAAGGUGACAGCAGGAAUAUCCUUCGCCAUUCCUUCUGACAAGAUCCGGCAGUUCCUGGCUGAGUCUCAUGACAGACAGGCUAAAGGAAAAACGGCCACAAAAAAGAAAUAUAUUGGUGUGAGAAUGAUGACAUUAACCCCAACACUUGCUAGGGAGCUAAAGGAGAGACAGAAUGAUUUCCCAGAUGUCACCUCUGGAGCAUACGUCAUUGAAGUUAUCCCGAAAACACCAGCUGAAGUUGGCGGUCUGAAGGAGAGUGAUGUCAUAAUCAGCAUCAACGGGCAGAGGAUCACGUCAGCUAGUGACGUCAGCACAUCCAUCAAGAGAGACGAGAGUCUGAGAGCGGUGGUACGACGCGGCAAUGAAGACGUCAUCCUCACAAUCAUUCCAGAGGAGAUUGACCCUUGACCUCCCUCAUGCUCGCCCAUGAGCUGGUUCUCAGACUUUUACUGAGUGUGUGUCCGGAGCCACACUCUUGCUAGAAAUCUUAGUGAACACUUUCAAACCCAACCAAUCAUCCAAUCUGAAUAUUGCUCUCAGCUUAGACCAGGAAAUGUCCUUUCUCACUUUUUUCCCAUAUAUGAAGUCAUUUUCUGUUUGUUCAUCGAUAUACCAUGAUAGAAUGAGCCUUUUGUAAAUAGAGAAUUUAGCACUGGGUAGUUUAAUGACAAUCCGAAAUGUAUAUAAUUUCUCUGUUCCAAAACCUAGUAAGCUGACAGAUUUUGUGAUGAGCAGGAUGAUUCCAUUCAAGUAAAUGUCGAUUAUAAACAAUCGUGUUUUAUUCAUUACUGAAAAGUAUCUACUAAAAUAAUUCAGUGUAAUUAAAAAGAACUGUUUUACCC